AUGGCACCUCCUCUGCCCCGCCGACUGCUUUCAUCUACAGCAGCCUCCCCGCUUGCCUUUCUCUACCAGACCCGAACGCUCUCGCCAUUAUCUACUGCAUUUCGCAAUUCUAUCUCACGGCGUUUUCAACAUGACUCGACAGAUCGAAUCGCUAUAGACGCCAAUACGUCUGGGAAUCACAAUGCUGAAAUCAAACAUCCGACCAAUCAAGAGUCCUCAGAUACGCAAUCAACACCCACGACCCCAGUCCCACCCCGGCGCACAAGCUAUCUCCGCCGAAAAUCGACUGCCAUAACCCGCCAUGCACCCAUUCGCAAACCCAAGCCGCCGCCUCCGAAGCCUAAAUCGACGGUCCAGCCUAAGACAAUUACUCCAGGCGAACGAGAAGCAUUCCAAAAUCUAUUCGCUCGACUAGGCGCUGUGAAGCGGGAUGAAGAUCAACAGACAGAAAAGGCAUAUGCCUCAAACAACCGGCCCAAUGGAGCCGAUAUAAGUCAGCUUAUGCAAAUAUUCGGGGCCACCAUGGAGGAGAAAAGGACGACCAAGCGCAAAUCAGAGGAAAAAUGCGAGAUCAUCCAACCGGAGCCUAAGCCUGAGCCUGAGCCCAAGCCUGUCCCUGUCCCAGUAGCGGGCGGAGAGAAGCCGGAGCCUCCCGCGGAGCCGCAGGCAGAGCUUCCCAAACAGCCUCCCAAACAGCCUCCUGGGAGCCCGAUCACACUCAAGGAUAUCAAGGCAGCAGACGAAGUGUGGAACGACGAAUGGGAGAACCCCUCAAUCGAAGAAAGGCAGGCGAUUAAUAUGGUCAUCCGUCGGGAGGUGACCAAGAUUACAGAAAAGCUGCUCACCAGCAUCCAGCAAGACAAAGGCGAUAGCGGAGUAUGGGAGGUAUGCACGCAGCAAGUGUUCUCUAUGAUGCACAGCUUGGACCAAGGGUCAUCCGCCCCUUCUGCCUUGAGCCCAUCAUCCCCCGAGACAGCCAGAGACCGGAUCGACAUUCCUGCUAUUCUACCAGCAGACAUCGUGAUUGCCGAGCUCUAUCCCAAACUCCUGCUCCAGGUUUUUCGCAUGCUUGGGACUUAUUUCCCAGACUCCCCUAUUCUCGGGCAAUUCCGUGAUGCGAUUAAGUCCCAGGGCCAAGCAUCUAUCUUCUACGGCGUGUCCCCCGCGCUCUACGAUGAGAUGGUCAUAUUCUACUGGAACCGGGACAAAGAUCUCACUGCCGUUGUGUCGUUCCUGCAGGAUAUGGAAAAUGCGGGCUUGGAUCCAAGCAAGGCUGUUCGUAAGCUACUGCGUGAUAUUGUCCGCCAGCAGCGAGAGGACAUGAAGGCGGGUCCAAACAGUGAACGCCGUGCUUUCUGGGAGAUCCCUCAGAACCGCGCUGCGUUUGAGGAACUCGUCGGCCCCUUUGGAUGGCUUGAAAAGUCAAAGGGAACAGGGCGUAGAAAUCGCCUCCCAAUUCCUAAAAUGAAGCGGCCUUGA